AUGAACGAUCGAACCGUAGACCGGGCUACUAACCAGCACGGCAUCAAUAUAGCAGACGGCUUGACCGGCUACACACCUCGCAAUAACGUGGAGAGGUUCCUCAUAGAGUCCUUUCCGGGCAAUCCCGGAAUACGGGACAUGUUCAUCACGGUGGACGAGGAAAUAGACGCAGAACUGCGCUCACUUGGAUAUGAGGGUACGGGAGAGCAGUUCGCGGAACGUCGCAAACAGUACGACGAUCGCUGCAACGCAAUGAUAGCCAGGGCAGGGGGCGCGUUGCCUAUCUGUGGAGCGAAGCCAAAACGAGGCGACGCGAUCCGCAUUGUCGACCUCCCAGGUUCCGACAUCGUGAUCCGGCUCUUUGACGGCGGGCUGCAGGACGCACGACAGUACUUGCUCGACUUCAUCGACCGCCACACACGAGCACCAGUUAACGCACCCGAAGACUACGUCAUCUACCGUCUCGCGGCUGAGGAGGCGGACACGUACCCACUGAAAUCAUGGGAGACGGCCACGGGCAUCUCGCGAGACCACGUCCCUCCCGGCGAGGAAAGGUUUAGCGUGAUCGAGGCUCUGACGUACAGGGUGGAAUACCCUACUGGAUUCGUGGAGUUCGUAGCCCCGGUGCGGCAGGCUCAGAACCUCGUCCCUGUCGUAGAGGCUGUCCAGAAUUAG